AUGGACUUCAGCUCGAUGUCCGGCAAGUCCAGCAUGCGGAGAAAGCAAUCUAAUUCACUGCUGCAAGCGUUCGGUAAACCGCGACAAUCAAUCACCCCUUCAUCCAUCCCAUCACCCACAUCCUUCACCUCGCCUCCCACAGCCAGCUCCUCUACUCUCCCAAUCGACGACUUUUACAACCCUUCAUUUGACAACGACACGACAUCCCUGACCUCAAGGUCAACGAACUACCCUCCCGGGAGCUUUGUGCCGCCUGGAGGAUCGCGCAGUGCAAGCGGGGGCAGCUUCAUGGGAGGAGGCAAGGACAAGGGGAAAGACCCCGAGGGAAAGUCGGGAGCGGUAUUGAGAAGGCCAGAAGAUGUGUAUAGAGUCGUCAAAGAGCGAAUACUGAGCUGGAGUUAUAUGAUGGAGUGGUAUACCGGUGAUUCACAUUGGCUGAAUACUGUUCGGAUACCCCGGCCGGUCGUCGAAUCAAUACUGGGGUAUAAACACUUGGAGAACAGGGCACGGAAUCUGUAUUCUCUCGGGAUAUCACUAUCUGCCUUGUUCGACAUUCCCGCCGCGAGUGACUUUUUGAAGGCGCUGCUAAAGCUGCUGGAUGAGUGGGAAAGCUGGUCAGAAGGCAGUGGAGGAAAGGGAGUGAAAAACCUAUUUGGUGUCAGAGGACAACGGACAGCGAGAAAGGUCACGGGAAGCAGUAUGAUGAUGUCUGACUAUGCUCCGCCAGAUGGAGCAGAGUCAUACCUGCUGAACGUCAACCUUCCAUUCACACCCGACUACUUCCAAGUCCACGCCUCAACAUGCUCCAUCGUCCGCGACCUCUACCGCAAACUACUCAACAUGUUCCUCCCCACCUCCCCCGCCUUCCCCCACUCAUCUCCAACCCUAAACCUCCCCUCAUCUCACGUUUCUCUCAUCCACCACUCUACGAUAGUCCAAACAGCCCCGCGCGAGCCGUUCAUCAACCCCAAAUCGCCAGGCGCGAGCAGUAUAGCGACGGCGACGUUUUCGAGUCAGCAGGGGCACGGGAUCAUGAGUCCUACGGCAAUCAUGUCUGAUCAGCAAGGGGGUGGGGGGGAUGCGUUGUUGGCGUUUAUUGCGGGGGAUGUGCCGCCCGAUAGGGCGUUGGUGGGAGAUGGGCAAAAGUUGACGCCGCAAAUCGCAGACCUUUUCCAGAAAGUCGAUAGCAAGCUCAAAAAACAUUUCUCCAUCCUCACCCGCGAAGCCGAUAGUCUCGCCAAACGCGUAGUGGACGACCAACUCGAUACGCUCCUCCGCAGUCUGUCGCCGGGCGGUAAAGCUAUGCGGUUCGAUGUGACGCCUGGGAGCAGUAGUGGUGGGUCGGGGUAUACGACGGCGACGAUAGGGAGGUCGGGGAUUAUGGAGAGCGAUAGGGAGAGGGAUUUUGGGACUGUCUGA